CCCUCCUCCCCAAAGGUGCUAUUGUACAAAAGCAGGCAGAAUUUCAGGCUCUUUGCUGAUUCGGGAGUCAUUUCUCACAACAAUAAUUACCCAGCAGAGAAGUUACACCGGGACAUCCACAAAGCCCAUCUUCCUACUGAACUGAGUUUGAGAGUCUGAAGAAUUUCCAAAAAGAUGGCAGGGAAACCUAAACUGCACUACACUCGGGGAAGAGGGAAAAUGGAAUCUAUCCGCUGGCUGUUCGCGGCAGCCGGGGUUGAGUUUGAAGAACAAUUUUUGGAAACGAAUAAAGAUCUGGAGAAGUUGCGCAGUGAUGGAUGCCUGCUUUUCCAGCAAGUGCCCAUGGUGGAAAUAGAUGGGAUGAAGCUGGUGCAAACACGAGCCAUUCUCUGCUAUAUUGCAGCAAAAUACAAUCUCUAUGGAAAGGAUUUGAAAGAAAGAGCACUGAUUGACAUGUAUGUGGAAGGAACCACGGAUCUGAUGGGAAUGAUAAUGAUGCUCCCUUUACAGCCUGCGGAAAAUAAAGAAAAGCAAAAAGACUUAAUUAUUGAAAGAGCUGCAACCAGAUAUUUUCCAGUCUACGAGAAGGUUUUGAAAGAUCAUGGGCAAAAUUUUCUGGUUGGUAACCAGUUUAGUUGGGCAGAUGUUCAUCUCUUGGAAGCUAUCUUAAUGGUUGAAGAAUUCAAGUCUGAUGCUCUCACUAAAUUUCCUCUCCUGCAGGCUUUCAAAACAAGAAUAAGCAAUAUACCGACAAUAAAGAAAUUCUUGCAGCCUGGAAGUCAAAGGAAACCUCCAAUGGAUGACAACAUGCUGGCACAAAUUAAAAAAAUAUUCAAUUUCUAAAGGGGUUUUCCAAAUAGUUCUACUAACAUGUUUCUCCCCCCCCCCCCCACUGCCCAAUAUAUUGCUGAUUUUAACUGCCUCUAUCAUUAGAAAGAUAAACUAAGUAAAAUUGCAAUUCCUUUUAGUUUUAUAAUCACAAUCCUU